AUGAUAGUAGAAAAUUUGUUAUUAAUAUGUUUUUCUCUCCUGCUAUCAGGCAGCUCCUGUCCUAGUGCCUUUGCAGCUGCGUCUGUCGCUACAGUGCAGCAGAGGAAGCUGCACCAUGCCGUCAUCCCCAAAGGGAAAGGAGGACGCUCAUCAUCCAGUGGAAUAGCCGCCACAGUGUUUGGAGCUACAGGUUUCCUGGGACGUUAUGUGGUCAACAGGCUGGGUCGGAUAGGAUCUCAGAUUAUGAUCCCCCACCGCUGUGAUCAGUAUGACCUCAUGCACUUCAGGCCCAUGGGUGAUCUGGGGCAAAUCCUUUUUGUGGAGUGGGAUGCAAGAAACAAAGAGUCCAUCCAGCGGGCCAUCGAGCAUUCCAAUGUGGUCAUCAAUCUGGUGGGCAGGGAGUGGGAAACGAGGAACUACCGCUUUGAGGACGUCUUUGUCAACAUCCCUCAGCAACUUGCCAGGGCAACAAAGGAAGCGGGAAUCACUAAGUUUAUCCACAUGUCGCACAUCAACGCCGACAUCCGCAGCCCCUCCAAAUAUCUGAGGAACAAGGCUGUAGGAGAAGAGGUCGUUAGAGAAGAGUUUCCUGAUGCUAUUAUCAUGAAGCCAAGUGAGAUGUUUGGCAGGGAGGACAGAUUCUUCAACUAUUACGCAAAUAUGCGCUGGUUUGGCAACGCUAUUCCUCUUCUGGCUCUGGGAAAGAAAACUGUGAAACAACCGGUUUAUGUGGUGGAUGUGGCCAAAGCCAUCGUGAAUGCCAUCAGAGACCCAGACGCUAACGGGAAGACAUACGCCCUUGUUGGCCCAAACCGCUAUGUCCUUCAUGACCUGGUGGAGUACAUCUACGCCGUGGCCCACAGGCCUUUCGUGCCCUACCCUCUGCCUCGCCCUCUCUACCACCUCGCAGCAAAGAUUUUUGCAAUGAAUCCCUUUGAACCAUGGACAACUCCAGAUAAAAUUGACAGGUUUCACACAACAGACAUGAAGUAUCCAGGACUUCCUGGCCUGGAGGAUCUGGGUAUCACAGCUUCCUCUGUAGAGCAAAAGGCAAUUGAGAUCCUUCGUCGCCAUCGCCGGUUCCGUUACCUUGAAGCUGAACUGGACGAGACAAAGCCUGCCAAGACAGUCAACUAUUAAACUAAAGCAGGAAAAUCUCCUUCAAUAAUUCAUCUUUCUUUAGUGGUAUUCUGUACAUAAAUAAAAGACUAUCCUUACA